AUGUCGUUCCGAGGGGAUGAUCAGCGCCGCUACGGCCAUGUUCCACCUGUUCAGUAUCCGGUCGCAAACCAGUCGAAUGACCAUGCUUCCUAUCCAACGCGACGGCCUAGUUUCAAUCAAGGUGAUGAUGCCGCUCUGUUUGGAUCGGCACAGUCGUCAUCUCAAGUCUUUCAGAAUGCGCCAUUACUGCCACCGCCGCCACCCGCACGAGGGGAGGAAGAGCUGUUUCUGACGAGCCCAACUGAACCUUCCUCCUCGAUCAGCAACUUCGCGCCGUCCUACCAAAACCAAUAUCAGCCGUCCUCCCCCUACCAGCUCUCAUCCCCGUCGUCCUACAAUCCGCAGCAUUUUGCAAGGUCGCAGUCGACGUCUUUACCAUAUCAUCCUGCCCAGCAGCCUCAAUAUUCCAAUCUCAUCCAACCUAGCAGCUCCCUGACCCAACAGGCUCUGCGGCAGUCCACGACCAACUACACCCCCCAAGCAUAUAAUCCAGCCGCCUAUGCGAGCACAGCGGUUCCCCAAAGGAAUGCGACAUACCACGGUUACAACAACUACUCUUCGCAUUACGCGCCGUCGCAGGCGGCAUAUGGCUCGCCCAGUACUGCAUACUCACCUGCCUUUCCAAGUUCAAGCCAAGCGACUACGCCUGCCACACCCCAGUACGAGAACCCAUUGCCGAGCCCACCGCUCCACAAUGUGUCGUCAUCUUCCCAAGUUUCGAGUUACGAUCCGUCUGCCUACUCCCCCUCUUACAAUAGCACUCCCUACGGCACGUAUUCACCGAACACCAACAGUCCCGCCCUCACCACCCCUUACUCUGCAGCGAGCGAUUCCGCGCCGUAUCCCCACGUCUCACAAAUGCCUGCUGGACCCGGUUAUUCUGUGAACGAUCCAACUUCGUUUUACAAUAGGACUUCUCGAUCAAACUCCCGCACCUCGCAGCUGCCAUCUCCGCCGCCGCAAUCAUCUUCGGGCAUCCAGCGACAUCCCACAAAUGCUCCCCUUCCAAGCCGGCCCAUCGACGCGCAUCAGGAUGGGCUGCUCUGGAAUUCAAAUGGUGCUGCGAGAGAUGACGAUUUAACUGAUGAACUACUAGCCCAAGAUACGAUUAUCCAGGACAUUGAGGCAGAAUUGGGGGGAUCUGUACGUCGCGACCGGCCUACGCCAAUUAACGGAGCCCAAUUAUCAGACGAAGAUAUAGAACACCUUCGGCAAUACGAUCCCAAUACUCCCACAUCUGAUCCAACCCGGGCAUCAACUUCCGUUCAGGUACAAUCUUCGGCAUCGAAUGUUCGCUACCCGUAUCGACUCGAGGAAGAAAGUGAUCCUGAGGGGACGGCAGGUGUGUUGGCUAUGCAGCAAGCCGAGAUGGAAGACCGAAGGUUUAGUGGUGCUCCAUACCCGCAUGCGGACCUGAUACCGGUACCCUCGGAUCACGGUGGGAGGAGGCAGGAUGACGAAGAAAGUAGCGACAGUGAUUUUGGAGGCAUGGACCUUGGCUUGUUCAGUGGGGGCUAUGCAGGCAACCUCACGUACGGAAACGAUGUUGGCUUGACAGACGAUAGACCAUUACCUGCUCUUCCCUCGUAUGGCUUGUUCGGAGGCUAUGAAGGCCAGGGGGGCCCUGCCCAGGCUUUGCCACAGGCAGAUAUGGACUACCCCGGAGCCGGCGGGCUCCAGCCUGCCAGCUCGUACCGUCCGCCAGCGGAAGAUGGAGAGGAACAGGCCUCGCUGCAUUCAAGGCAGAGCGGGAGCGAAUCGCCAUACAAGGACGACUAUCCCGAUAUCUUCUACCACCCUGGUUUAUCAAACCGGCCAUUACCCGCUUUGCCGAUGCUUGACACACUAUCACUUCAGCCAGCCGCGACCACUAGCCAAGGCCAAUAUCAGCAGGAUCAAUCAUGGGGUUUGGACUCCCGUGGACAAGGCCAGGAGGGUCUGGAGGUAUAUAAUGCUCUAUCCGGACCGGCGCACACCCAGGUCGAAAGAUCCAUCUCACUCACUAGCCACACCACCACCCCACCCGUCCAGACUCCAUCUCGUUCUAGGACCGAUGCCGCAGAGGAAAGAAGGCGACAGUAUCGCCAAGCCCAACACGGGAAACAAAACUCGGCCUCUUUCGACUACGAAACCGGUUCUGCUGUUACUUACGACAUGAUAACACUACCCACGGGCCGCAAACGCAAGUUCCUCCCCUCGAAGCUGACCUCUCAGGAUCUCAAGCGAUGCGCCGAACCCUGGGCUCUUAGCAGCAUUGCCAAUUGGAUGCGGGAAAUGACAGAAGGCGAGCCUGACCUGAAAAAGAAGACGAUUGAGGAAGGCCUUAUCAAGUUGUUCACGAGCAAAGUUCCAACAAUGAAUGUUGCCGAUGCCGAGACACUCUCUGCUCGAGUGGUGACCAUGAUGCUGGAAUCCGGUAUCCUGGUGCCCGAGGAGGAAUGGGUGAAGUUCGCACCGGGGUCGAUAUCUGGUGUUCUGUGGCAGCUGUCAGCCUCAGGUUGCUAUGCGCCUAAACUACACGAGUGUGAAUCUCCGGGCCGUUGCUAUUCGUACCAUUGCACUCGCACGUUAAAGAAGGCGAAUCUCGAUGAUCUGUUGGCCGAGGACUCGGUGAAACAAGAAGAUUGGGCGACGUUCUUUAAGCUCACUAAGGAAAGCAUCGAGGGCAAACACAAGAAGGAGAUUGAACGGCAGAAUGUGCUUCACGAGAUCGUCACGAGUGAGGAGGGCUACAUGAACCAACUCGAAGUGUUGAGGGUACUCUAUAGAGAUCGUCUGCGCACUCUUCAGCCGCCCAUCAUUGCACCUGCCAAGAUCGACAAGUUCCUCAAGACCGUUUUCGGGAAAGUCGAUGGUGUCCAAGAAACCAACAAAGACCACUUACUUGCACAGCUUAAAUACCGUCAACAAGAGCAGGGCCCAUGGAUUGUCGGUUUUAGUGAUCUAUUCCGCGAGUGGAUUCGAAAAGCACGGGAUGUCUAUAUCGAAUACGCAUCAUCCUACCCGUACGCAACGUUCUUGGUUAGGCGGGAAGCCGACCGUAACAUUCUCUUCAGGCAGUUCCUUGAGCAAGUACGAAAUCAUAAACGCUCAGAACGCCUGGACUGGACCCAUUUCCUCAAGACUCCCAUUACGCGCCUGCAGCGGUACAGUUUCCUUCUCACUACUGUGGAGAAGAACAUGCUGCAGGAUAGUGAAGAAAAGACGAAUCUCACCAAGGCCAUUCAAGAGAUUCACGCAGUAACACUGGAAUGCGAUCAGAGGGUGGCAGAGAUGCAAAAGAAGGUUGAGAUGAUGGAGCUUAGCUCGAUGCUCGUGCUUAGGCCAGGUUUCCAAGCUAUGCUUCACCUCGAUCACUUGGGACGGGAGCUAUUAUUCCAGGGCGAUCUUCAACGGAUGGGCUCCAAGGGUGUCAGAUGGGUAGAGACGCAUGCUCUCCUGUUUGACCAUUACCUCAUCCUGGCAAAGACUGUUAGUCUGAAGGACGGACGAGGGGAGAAGAAAUAUGACGUUUCAAAAGAGCCCAUACCGAUGCCUCUCCUGUGUCUUGAAAGCACCAACGACGAUGCUGUGGCGAAGCAAAACCGUAUUGCGGCCCCACUAGGUCGAACUACAACCUCCGUCUCCGACACCAAGCUCAACAAGAUAGCCACCAAUGGCAGUGACAGGCCUGGCCUCGAACCGACCUCUUCGGCGACGACCGUGCCUCGACUAGGUCAGCCUCUGGCGACUGACCCCGAGGGCCGUAUCAUGUAUCCUUUCCGAAUCAAGCAUCUGGGCCACGACAUGUACACUCUGUACGCGCCCACGCCCCAGGUCAGACAGGAUUGGUGCAACAAGAUCAUAGAGGCAAAGACCCGUCAUGCAAAGGCGCUAUUCUCGCAGAACGCCGAACCGUUCAGGCUGCGCGUGCUCGCUGACAGCGCGUUCGCGUACGAUGGAAUAGCAGCCAUAGGGAAGCAACCAGGCGUCCCCAUCGAGGGAACUCCACUUGACCGGGCGAUAAGAGACCUCGAGUCGGUGUAUGGCCCAGGGCGAGGCCCACCUCCCGUUUGCCGAGCCCAGGUGAAUUGUGCGACCGGAUUCUCGGCGUAUGGAAAGUCCAUUAUCGCGAUCGGUACAGAUUACGGCGUGUUUAUAUCCGAUGCUACGGAUCCCCGUGGCUGGCAGAGAACUGUACCCGCUCAGCGCGUCACACAAAUCGCUGUGCUAGAAGAGUUCUCUGUAUGUUUAAUCAUCGCCGACCGAUCCCUGAUCUCUUAUCCACUGGAUGUUGUUGCUCCCGUGUCCAACUUCCCGGCGCCACUGCAUGACAAUCCUCGUCGGGCGCCUCAGCGCCUUGCCAAGGAUGUCUCCUUCUUUGCGGCUGCACGCAUGAAGGAGCGUAUGCUUGUCUUUUACAAGAGAAAAGAAGGUGUCCACAAUACCUUCUUCAAGGUUCUAGAGCCCGUCUUCCACCGGACCACGGAGAAGAAGUCUAGGUGGCUUGGCAGCAGCCGGAAGUCGGGAUCUACGGAGUCAUUCCGCGACUACGACGAGUUCUUCUUCCCAACUGAGUGUUAUUCUUUGAACCUGUUCCAGACGUACAUUGCGGUGGCCACCUCCAAGGGCUUCGAGCUUUUGACGCUCGACAAGAAGCAACCGAUGUCCAUCCCCGACGUCAAGCAACCCUCCAUCGCCAACAUCGCCAGCCGCAUCCGCGACCAGAAGCCGCUGGGCAUGUUCCGUCUCAACGACCAAGAGUUCCUCCUCGCAUAUGAGGACUGCGCCGUCUACGUAGACAAGCAUGGCGACGUCAGCCGCACGCUCAUCAUGGAAUACUCGGGCAAGCAGAAGAAGGCGAAGGGCGCCACGCUCUGCGGGCAGUACCUCGUCCUUUUCAACGACGACUACGUCGAGGUCCGCAACGCCGAGAAUGGACGUUUGAGGCAGAUCAUUGCGGGCCGCGAUGUUAGGUGUUUGGAUUACGGCGCGCGGGGUCCUACUGGAACGACCUCUGCGCUGGGCGGGAUCCCUUCCUCUUCGUCUGGGCAGAUUGAUUCGAAGACGACGGUAAAGAUUGGGAUGACCCAUCCCGAGAUUCCGGGGAUGCAAAUCGUGUUGGAGAUGCUGCUCAACGACGGACAUCUUGAGAAGUAG